AUGCUCAGUAAUUGUUUUCAUCUGCUUCACCCACAACCUCUAACCCAACUCCAUAUCUUAGCUUUACCUCCAAAAUUCCAAUGCAAGACUCAAGCUUUUUCCCAUAAAUCCCCGCCAAACACAUAUUUUCCUCACUUUCUCACCAAAAUCCCUUCUGGGUGCCCAAGAUUUUUUCUGGGUUCUCUGUGUUCUUCAAGUCCAUCAUCAUGUUCUGCUUCACCGGACGAGGAAGAUUUGGAGGUGGAAUUGGGCCGCCUUUUGGCGCUUUUGCCAGAAGAAAUGCGGCAGAAAGUUGGCGAGCACCCGGAGCUUCACCAAUUGAUUGAAGUGGUUAUGGACUUGGGUCGAAAGCCCUUGGCUCGGUUUCCCUCUGGGGACUUUGUGUUGUCGGAGCUUCCUAUUACGGUUCAGGAUCUUGAGCAUGCUACUUCGCAGGUUGGCGAUUUUGCCAUCGACAAUCGGGCAGGAAUUAGCAGGACAUUACACCGCAUUAGUGCCAUUAGGAAUAGAAAAGGUGCCAUCAUUGGUCUAACUUGCCGUGUUGGUAGGGCAAUAUGUGGCAGUGCUAGUUUGCUGCGAGAUUUGGUUCAAGAUGGUGGUUCUUUGUUACUCAUUGGGCCUCCAGGUGUAGGAAAAACAACAAUCAUCAGGGAAAUAGCUCGAAUGCUUGCAAAUGAUUAUAAGAAACGUGUCAUGAUUGUUGACACCUCAAAUGAGAUUGGUGGGGAUGGCGAUAUACCCCAUUCAGGAAUAGGCAAUGCUCGGCGAAUGCAAGUCCCCGUCUCUGAUUUACAACAUAAGGUCUUGAUAGAGGCUGUUGAAAAUCAUAUGCCACAAGUGAUUGUAAUUGAUGAAAUUGGCACUAAACUUGAAGCAAUGGCUGCAAGCACAAUUGCGCAACGUGGAAUUCAGCUUGUUGCCACCGCUCAUGGUGUAACUAUCGAGAAUUUGAUAAUGAAUCCUUCAUUAGAGAUGCUUGUUGGAGGAAUACAGAGCGUGACACUAGGGGAUGAAGAGGCCAGCCGGAGGGGGGUUCAGAAGACAGUGCAAGAAAGGAAAGGACCUGCAACCUUUAGUUGUGGGGUGGAGAUAAUUUCAAAGGAUGAGUUGAGAGUUCAUCGUAGCUUAGAAACAACAGUGGAUACUAUCCUCUCAGGUCGUUUCCCAAAUUUUGAAGUUCGUAAAAUUCACUCUCGGGGAUCAGAACUAACUACUGAAAGGGAAAAUUUUCUUCACAGUUCCUUGGAUGAAGAGGACGAAUAUGUUAUUGAAGAUGCUCCAGAUAUGGCUGACAGAGGAUUUGGCCAUAUUGAUUUCACUCCUGUGGUCUCUCCCAAUAUGCAAGAGGAUUCUAUGGAUGAAAGGAUACAACUUCGCUUGUUUGUUUAUGGGAUCUUAGAAGCAAGCGUGAUACAAGGGAUUAAACAGUUGAAGAUGGAUGAAGCUGCUGUCCAGUUCAUAGAUGAUAUCAGCAAGGCAGAUGCACUACUUGCCUUGCAAUCCAAGCUCAAGAAGAAUCCCCGAAUUCAAGCAGUUGCUAAAUCUUAUGGAAUACCCAUUUAUGUGACUAAGUCAAGCUCGUUGGUGGAAAUAAGAAAGGCAGUUCGGGCAUUAAUGAGUGAUCAUAAAGAUGGUUUGAAGGAUUAUGGGUCGAUAGACAAUAUGAAGUCAUCUGAGAAGAUUGAUGCUUUAGAGGAGGCAAGAAUAGCCGUUGAGCAGGUUGUAAUUCCAAAAGGGGAACCUGUGGAACUUCUUCCAAGGGCAUCUCACAUUAUAUCUGCUCAGAUUGACCUUAUUCGAAAAUACCAACUAGAAGCAGAAAGAAUUGGUAAGGAGCCGGAUGUGCGCCUCCGUAUCCUUCCAUUUCAUACUACAACGACAGAAGAGAAUCAUACUAGCAAAAUAAUUGAUGCUGAUAGUGGAUUUGAUGACUUUCUCGGUACCAAUGAUAGGAAUGGUUCACUCUCCAAUGUAGACAGAUUACCAUUACUUCCUGAAUAGUUAUUAGGAUGUUGCCAUAGAACAUUGUUUCAUUUUAAUGCUAAAAUUCAUGACGUUACCUGCGAGCUUAAGGGUGUCUCUGCGUGCACUGUGCCAGAGUCUGAUCUUGUACCAGUGGCCAAAUAUCUUCUCUCAUAGUCAAAUCUGUAAUAUUACAUUUUAACUACCAUGUUGAUGAUACAUAGAGAAAGAUGAAGAUGACAAUUGAUCAUCUAUGUAAUGAUAUGAUAAUUUUAAGUAAAAUGCUGCAUGAUCUUGAUUUCUGUUUUA